UUUAGGGAAAAAAGCAAAAUACGAAAAGUACUGUCGCGAGUUACAUAUCAGCUCACUUGCCUGAAAUCAGCUCUCAAACCCUAAAUUCCUGCUCACACUCGAAUGAAGCUCUGUUCGUCAAGCUUCUCUGCGGAUGAAGUAGGAGAAGGGAGAGCCGCGGGAUUAAUUGGUGAUGGAUGAAGGUUAGGUUCUCGCUUGUGUAGUUUUGCGGUGAUUUUGCUUGUUCUGAUUUUUGCUCCUGGCUCGCACUUUCUAUGUUUGAAUGUGCUUUAAAUUUCUGAAAGGUUUAGUUUUGGAGCAAGGAAAUCUUGGGGAUUUUGUUUCCUUCGUUGUCGUUUUUCUGUAUUAAUGGAGAGUGUGGAUACAGGCGCUGCGACAGAAAAUAUUUCCAAGGAUACUGACACAAAAAUGGGCGGGUCGGGUUCCAAAUCGGAAGUGAAUCUGAUUAGGGUUUCGGGUUUGGGGGAAACUGGCGAUGAUGGUGGCGAAUCAGUUGCCGAGGAUGAAACUGGUGUGCGGUCUGCUAACGAUUGUGACAAUGAUAAAGAGAAAGAGAAAAAAACUGCCAUGAAGGAUGUUGGCAUUUGUUCAGGCUAUGCAAACGGUUCAUCAAGUGUGACUGAUGCUGAGGAGGGUGAGGGUGUGAACGGUGUUGUUGAAAAUGAUGGAAAGGGAAAAGAUGGUGAGACUUCUUUUGCAGACAAUGAGGGAGCUGAUUCUACAAACUUAAAUGGAGGUGGGAGAGACAGUGAUGUGGAUGACGAUGGGAAUGGAGAGAGAGAUGGUGCUGCGCCAGAGGAUGAUCAGGAUCAGGAAGACAAUCAGUUUUGUGUGGGGGAUUUGGUUUGGGCUAAAAUUAGAAGCCAUCCAUGGUGGCCGGGGCAGGUUUAUGAUCCAGAGGAUGCUUCUGAAUUUUCUUUGAAAAGUAAACAAAAAGGCCGUCUCCUGGUGGCCUUCUUCGGGGAUGGUUCCUGGUCUUGGUGCUUGCCAUCGCAGUUGGUACCCUUUGUGGAGAAUUUUGCAGGGAUGUCGAGAAAAAGUAAUUCUAGAGGUUUUCUCAAUGCUGUACAGAGUGCCAUUGAUGAGGUUGGUAGGCUUGUGGAGUCGGAGAUGUCUUGUAAAUGUGUGGCCAAGGAGAAAAAGGAUGGCCUUGCUAGGCCGAUGGUGGAAAAUGCAGGUGUUAAAGCAGGAGUUCUUGUGCCAGAAGUAGCCUCAAAUCGGCUUACCAUACCUAAAUAUGAAUCGAAGGAAAUACAUGGAAAAGUGAGGCAGUUUGCAAGGACUGUUGUUGUUGGCAAUCCUGUAGACCUUGCGGUCCUGAAAAGUUGUUUAUCGACUUUUUAUUAUUUAAAAGGUGGUUAUCAGUUGACAUCAUAUCAAGAACCGCUUUCUGUUGAAGGUCUGGAAGACCUUGAUGAUGAUGUGGAUGAGGUUUCAAAAGAUUUCAAUGUUCCAGUCGCGGUCCCAAUCGUUGGUCCGAAGGAUGAUGACUGGCACUCUUCACCCUCAGCUGGUACUGUAAACUCGCCGAAUGCAUCGGGGAAUAAGGUUUUUCACAAAAGGAAGCGCAAAAGUGUGGCUGAACUUAUGGGCGAUAACAAGAAUGCAGUGGAGAAGCCGGCAUCCUCCCGAAAGAGGAAGAAGAGUAACAAUGAGAGAGGAGACGAAGCUAGCAAUCUAGGUGCAUCAUCAACAAGGAAUAUGGGUAAGAAGAAAAAGGUUGAGGAUAAUGAGUCACCUAAAAUAACAGAUAAAAGGGUUUUAGAUGUAGAAAAAAAUGGUGCAAACAAAGCCCCUUCGUCCAGAAAAGCCAAGAAUGUUAUAGUUCCCAAUAUUAAGAUUCCUUUGGAAGAAUCCAAAGAGGAAUCAGAAAUUGUGUCAACGCCUAGAGAGAGGAAGAAGAGCAAAUACUUGUCUCCCCCUUACACAAGUCCUACAUGGAGAGUGGGAAAUUUGAGCUUCAGGACAGGUCUACAAGUUGAGCAUGAUAAGAAGACUCAGACGGAAGGGGAAACGGCACAGCCCAUUGAAGAACAAUCUACACCUGACUCUGUUUCAGAAUCUGCUGAUGAGGCACCAGUUGAAAAGCAGCCGAAUGUGCAACUGGAAAGCUCAAACAUAUCUAGUGAUGCAAAGCGUCGAACAAUCAAGGAUGAUCAGAAUGUGUCGUCUUCUGUAUCUGAUGUUUGCUCCUCAGUUAGUCAGCUGUUGUUAAAGACACGGCUUGCAGCAGUCGAUCCCUUUUACUUGAGCCAGGAAGGUUCACUCGACACUGUCUGGGCAUUUAUUUAUGCACUCAGAAGCUCAAUGUAUUUGCAUGGACCGAACUAUAAGAUUUAUAGGAAAUGUCAAAGCAGAGGGAAGAGAAAAUCAGGGAUUUCCCAGCUGGGAAAUGGCAGCACCCAGAAAAAGGUAAAUCCACCAGAUCAGAACGCAGCCCAUCAAUCGAAGACUAAAGAACUGUCAGACAUAUCUAAGUCCAAGAAACCGACUGAAGAACCGUCAGAUGCCUCUAAGUCCAAGAAACCUGCUGAAACUUGUGCUGCAAAAAGUAAUACAAAGAAAGUACAUAGUGAAACUUUGCCGUGCUUUAUCAUGGAAUUUGCCCCUGAUUUUCCUUUGCCUUCAAAGGAAGAUAUUGUAAAGCUGUUUGGCAAGUUUGGGAGCCUGCGUAGGAAGGAUGUAGAGAUUCUUACCGAGACACAUGCCGUCCAUAUGUUCUAUAAAAAGCAAUCGGAUGCAGAGGUAGCCUUCAAAUCAUCGAUGAGUGAGUGUCCAUUUGGUUUUGGGAAUGUUACUUGCAGGUUGCUGCAGCCCUCAACUAGAUCAAAGUCUGGGAGAAAACGGGCUCGUGACAACCAGGUGGAUGACUUAAUUUCUGAUGCGUGUGUUAUCAAGCAAAAAGCUGAGAUGAUGAAAACUCUUCUGGAAAAUCAUCAAUCCAAAUUGUCACUGGAAGACAGUUCCGAUCUGAAGGAAGAAAUGAAAUAUGUUGUGGAGAAACUCGAAGCAAUCAGCGACAAGGUUAGAUCAAUUUGCUGAGAACAGCUUCCUAGUAUUUAUUACAUUACAUAUGCGCAAAACAUAUAUAUAUAUAUAUAUAUAUCGUAUCUGGUUUUGUUUAUAUUGGAUCAUGAUCAUAGAAUCAAUCCCCUCCUGUUAGUUUCCUGUAGAAUAAAAAUGCAAAUGCAAUGCAAUGCAUGUCGGCUGAUUGAUAGGAUAUGCAGUAGAGUAUGAGUCUGUGAGGUUAUGACUUACUACACACACUGUUGCUGUUGCUGGGUUGGGUAUCAUCAUAUUUUGCCUGCCUGCAACUGCAAUGUGUAUCAUCAUACUCAGCGUUUGUAUGUUUAGUUCAUCUUAGAUAUAUAUUAUUAUGCAUUUGAUGAUGAU